AUGUCAUCAAAAUUUGACAAUGAACAAGAUUUGGAAAACCUUUCACCCCCGGCAGAAACGCCGCAAACUCCAGACGCAGCCGAGCCCUACAGCAUCUUUGACAGUCGACAAAGGGCCUUUAUCGUCAUUAUAGUCUCCACAGCAGCAACAUUCUCCGGCUUCGCCUCCAACAUCUACUUUCCCGCCCUUCCCACCAUCGCCUCCGACCUGCACGUCUCCAUCGAACUCGUCAACCUGACCGUGACAUCGUACCUCAUCUUCCAGGGCAUCGCGCCCAGCCUCUGGGGUCCCGUAUCCGACGUCAAGGGCCGAAGAGUGGCCUACUGCUGCACCUUUCUCGUCUUCGUCGGCGCAUGCAUCGGGCUCGCCGAGACCAAGAACUAUGCCACGCUCGUGGUGCUGCGCUGUCUCCAGAGCACGGGCAGCGCGAGCACGAUUGCGAUUGGGAGCGGCGUCAUCGGCGACAUCACGACGAGGGCCAACAGAGGGGGGCUGAUGGGCAUCUUCCAGGCAGGGUUGCUUGUUCCGGUGGCGGUUGGGCCGGUGAUUGGGGGCGCGAUUGCGGGAUCGCUGGGGUGGAGGGCAAUCUUUUGGUUCUUGACGGCGUAUGGGGGAGGGUUCUUGGUGUUGCUGGUGGUGUUUCUUCCCGAGACGCUGCGGUCUGUUGUUGCGAAUGGUAGUCGGACGCCUUCGUCGCUGAUUGGGAGGUAUCCCCUUGUCGUGUACCAGAAGCUCACCAAGGUUGAGUGGAACAGCGAGACGUCGACGGCGGCCCCUGACGCGAAGAAGCGCAUCGAUGUGCUUGGUCCGUUCCGCAUCCUCUUCAGCAAGCAUGCGACGCCCAUCAUCGUGUUUCUGUCGAUAUACUAUGCCGUGUGGCAGAUGAGCAUCACCGCCAUGUCGACGCUCUUUGAGCAGAAAUACCACCUCAAGGUGACGCAGAUUGGAUUGACGUUUAUCGCCAACGGCGUGGGAUCCAUGGUUGGCACGCUCAUCACGGGCAAGAUUCUCGACAAGGACUACAAAAAGGUCAAGGCUGCCUAUGACGCUCAACAUCCGCAGACAGAGACUGGAAACGGGGUCGCUGAAGCAGCAGAGGACGACUUCCCCAUUGAAAAGGCCCGUCUCCGUCUGGUACCUCUCUUCUCCAUCAUCCAAUGCCUCUCCAUCCUCCUCUUUGGCUGGACAAUCCAGUACCCUCACAAGGUGCCCAUAGCCAUCCCCAUCAUAUCCACCUUUGUCACCGGCUGGACCGCCGUCUCGACGCAGUCCACCAUCAUGACGUACCUCGUCGACGUGUUUUCCGAUCGCAGCGCCGCGGCGAGCGCGAGUUUGAACCUCGCGAGAUGCCUCUUUGCUGCGGGCGGGACGAGCGUCGUGAUGCCCCUUGUCAAUGGGAUUGGGGUCGGCUUGGCGUUUACGAUAUGUGCCAUUGUGCAGCUUGUUGCGCUGUUGGGGCCGGCGGUGCAGUGGAGGUUUGCUGCUGGGUGGAGGAGGCAGGCCAGGAUGCGGGACGACAAAUAA